CAUAUUGAAAUUGGUGUUUGGAGAGCACGUCGCGUACAGUUUGUUAUUUUUGCAUACUUUUUAGUUUAUUUAAUUUUUGCGGCAUACGGUGUAGAAAGAUUCCAGUUUCAAGAUGCCGCGUAUUAUGAUCAAGGGGGGUGUGUGGCGAAACACCGAGGAUGAAAUUCUUAAAGCGGCGGUUAUGAAAUAUGGCAAAAAUCAGUGGUCUCGGAUUGCCUCGCUGCUCCACAGAAAAUCUGCUAAACAGUGCAAAGCUAGAUGGUACGAGUGGCUGGAUCCCAGCAUUAAGAAGACAGAAUGGUCUCGCGAGGAGGAAGAGAAGCUGCUCCACCUGGCCAAGCUGAUGCCCACACAGUGGAGAACCAUCGCCCCCAUCAUCGGGAGGACCGCUGCCCAGUGCCUGGAGCAUUACGAGUUCCUGCUAGAUAAAGCUGCACAGAGGGACAAUGAGGAGGACACCGGGGAUGACCCUCGCAAGCUCAAACCUGGCGAGAUCGACCCCAACCCGGAGACCAAGCCUGCCAGGCCAGACCCUGUGGACAUGGACGAAGAUGAACUGGAGAUGCUGUCAGAGGCCAGAGCUCGUCUGGCUAACACUCAGGGCAAAAAGGCCAAGCGGAAAGCCAGAGAGAAGCAGCUGGAAGAAGCCAGACGCCUGGCCGCCCUGCAGAAGCGGCGUGAGCUGAGGGCCGCUGGCAUUGACGUGCAGAAGAAGAGGAAGAAGAAGCGAGGCGUGGACUACAACGCUGAGAUCCCCUUCGAGAAGAAGCCGGCUCUGGGAUUCUACGACACCUCCAUGGAGAACUACGAGCCCUUGGAGCCAAACUUCAAGCGUCUGCGACAGCAGCACUUGGAUGGAGAGCUGAGGAAUGAGAAGGAGGACCGAGAGCGUAAAAAGGACCGACAGAAGAUGAAGAAGAGGAAGGAAUCAGACCUGCCUUCCGCCAUCCUGCAGACAAGUGGGGUGUCCGAGUUCACUAAGAAGAGGAGCAAGCUCGUCCUGCCUUCUCCACAGAUAUCUGACUCAGAGCUAGAGGAGGUGGUGAAGUUGGGCCAGGCCAGCGAGAUCGCCCGACAAACCGCAGAGGAGUCUGGGAUCACCAACUCUGCAUCUAGUGCCUUGCUGUCUGAAUACAACGUCACUAACAACAGCAUGGCCCUGCGUACACCCAAGACCCCUGCCGCCCAGGACAAGAUCCUGCAGGAAGCACAGAACCUGAUGGCUCUGACCAACGUGGACACACCCUUAAAGGGGGGUCUGAACACACCUCUCCACGAGAGCGACUUCUCCGGAGUCACCCCUCAGAGACAGGUGGUGCAGACGCCCAACACAGUACUGGCCACACCCUUCAGGACCCCCAGUCAUGGGGCAGAGGGCCUAACCCCCCACGGGGGGAUGACACCAAAACCAGCCAUGGGCGUGACCCCAGGACGGACUCCCCUCAGGGACAAACUGAACAUCAACGCCGAGGAGGGGAUGGUGGACUACUCCGACCCUGCCUACGCCAAACACAUUCAAAGAGAGUCGCGUGAGCAGCUGAAGAUGGGCCUGAUGAACCUGCCGCUGCCGAAAAAUGACUUCGAGAUCGUGCUGCCGGAGAACGCCGAGAGGGAGCUGGAGGAGCGCGAGACGGACGACAACUUCGUGGAGGACGCCACUGACAUCGAGCUGCGCAAACAGGCCCUCAGGGAGGCGGAACGCGAGAAGGAGAUGAAGCAGAGACACACAGCAGUGCAGAGGGCUUUGCCCCGCCCCUCAGAGGUGAAUGAGACCAUCCUGAGGCCACAGAAUGUGGAGCCGCCUCUGACGGAGCUGCAGCAGGCUGAAGAGCUCAUUAAGAGGGAGAUGAUCACCAUGAUCCACUUUGACGGCCUGCACCACCCCUACAUCAAGAGAUGCAAGGGCACCACCUCUGGCUCCAACAACGCCGAGCACAUUGCAUACCUCGACAAAACGGCCUACGAGAAGGUGCCCGAGGAGGACCUCAGAAAGGCUGAUGAGCUGCUGCAGCAGGAGAUGGAGGUGGUGAAGCACGGCAUGGGCCACGGAGACCUGUCUAUGGAGGCAUACAGCCAGGUGUGGGAGGAGUGCUACAGCCAGGUGCUGUACCUGCCAGGCCAGGGCCGCUACACCAGGGCUAACCUGGCCAGCAAGAAGGACCGCAUUGAGUCCCUGGAGAAGAAGCUUGAGAUAAACCGUGGUCACAUGACCGCGGAGGCGAAGCGAGCGGCGAAGAUGGAGAAGAAGAUGAAGGUGCUGCUGGGGGGUUACCAGUCCCGUGCCAUGGGCCUGAUGAAGCAGCUCAGCGACCUGUGGGACCAGGUGGAGCAGGCCCACGUGGAGCUCCGCACCUUCCAGGAGCUGAAGAAACAGGAGGAUACCGCUAUCCCACGGCGGCAAGAGGCCCUCAGAGAAGACGUGCAGAGGCAGCAGGAGCGAGAGAAGGAGCUGCAGCAGCGCUUUGCUGACCUGCUGUUGGAGAAAGAAACCCUGCUCUCCUCUAAGGUUUAAGCCCCCCCCUACAGAAAGAAACCCUGCUCUCCUCUAAGGUUUAAGCCCCCCCCCCC